ACCACAUGUUUCAUUUACAGUAGGCAAUGUGGAGUGAUCGCCGGAAAUCUUAAAGGUGUUCUGGACAAUGGAUUUCUCUACAGAAGGCUGGAUGGUGGACAAGGCUGCAGAUGAUCUCAGUUCUGGUCUGUUUGAUACUGCUGAAUUGGCAACAUCAAAGAAACAACAAAAGCGUGAAAAGAAAACCACAAACUUAUCAGAUGAUGGCAAAAGGAAAUUUUCAAAAUCUGUAGGUUCUAGGCAGACUUUGAACUGUAAGGAUAUAGACAACUACGAGGUAUUGAAAGGUGGAAUAACAUUGAAGAAGAGUAGGGAUAAAGAACGCCCUCAGAGAGUUGGUCAGAAAACAGGAGGACAGAGGAAGACAUCUAUGACCUUUGUGACAGAAGAAAGAGGUGAAAAUGCUGAACAAAGGUUCACACAGAUUGUAAAAGGAAACAAGCGAAAGACAGAUCAUACUGAAAUCCCUAGUAAAAAACAGAAACGGAUAUCACCUAUAGAUCCUGUGACAGACAUAAAGGAGGAAGGAAGGAAGAAGAAAAAGAAAAAGAAAAAUUCAAAUAAAAGGAAUAAAUAUAAGCAUUUAUCAGUGAAGAAAACUGAAGUCAGUGCUGAUAGUAAUGUGUGUGAUGAUAAUAUAACAGAGGAACAAUCUUCAGGUGAUGUACCUGCUGGUGCUACGGUGAAACAAAGUGUAACAAAUUCAUCAGACCAUAGGUCCAUGGGCAAGAUGGUGAAGGAACGACAAACAAGUGUGCCAAAGUCUUUAGUUCCUCUCAACAAUGUGACAGAAAAUUGUGAUGAGUUAAAAUUAAUUAAACACAAGAAAAAGAAGGGGAAAAGGGUUGAUGGUAUCCAAGCAAAAUCUGGUAAAGAAAUGAAAGAUGAUAAAUAUCCAAUUAACACAGUUGUAAACAGUAAACUAAAGAAGGAACAGAGUGAUAAUGAUUUUGAUGUAGAAACAUCUGACUUAUUAGCUUCUGGAUCUAUAGAACAGAAAGAUAAAUCAAGGGAGAUAACUCUCUCACUCAAACAGCGCAUGCUUGAUAAACUCAAAUCUGCUAGGUUCCGUUACCUUAACGAGCAGUUGUACAACCAAACAGGAAGUGAAUCAUAUAAGAUGUUUGAAGAAGAUAAAGAGGCAUUCCAUGUGUACCACCAGGGAUUCCAGUCGCAGGUAGCAAAGUGGCCAACCAACCCUGUUAACGUCAUUAUCAGACAAUUACAGGCUAGACCUCGGACUUUGGUGGUAGCCGAUUUUGGAUGUGGUGAUGCCCUCAUAGCCCGCUCUCUCCCAAACAAAGUCCACUCAUUUGACCUGGUGGCUAUCAAUAAGUAUGUGACAGCCUGUGACAUGGCAAAGGUGCCACUGAAGAAGGACAGUGUGGAUGUUGCUGUGUUCUGUUUGUCAUUGAUGGGGAAAAAUCUGCCAGAUUAUCUGACAGAGACAAGCCGAGUUCUCAAACCUGGUGGUACCCUUAAAGUGGCUGAAGUAACAAGUCGUAUCAGGAAUCUGGCCAACUUCAAAAGAACCAUGGACAAGUUUGGCUUUCGUCUACUAAAUGAGGAUACCACCAACAAGAUGUUUUGUCUGUUUGACUUUAAAAAGAGUAAGCCUCCAAAACAUGCACCAGAGGAAUUUCAUUUGGAGCCCUGCCUCUACAAACGAAGAUAAAUUAAGAUAUCAGGGACAAAUAAAGAUCUAUCCCACACG